GGAGACCAGUUCCCAGGCGGUGGCCCUGGCAGAAGGUUUUCUCCUGAGCCAGGCUGAGGACAGGAAGCAGGCAGAGCAGCAGGUGAUGGAAUGAUGUCGGCAAGACCUGCUAAACCAUCUCCUCUUUGUGGUGGAGGAGAAGCUGCUGCUGUCUCACCAAAUCAGAGUCCCGUGUCCUUGGAGGAUGUGGCUGUGUACUUCACGGAAGAGGAGUGGGCUCUGCUGGAUCCUGAGGAGAGAGUUUUGCAUAACAAAGUCAUGGAGGAGAUUUGUGGAACUCUGUCCUAUCUUGACGGUGACGAGUCAGAAGCCAAGAACAAGAGAGAAGUAUGUGGGAAAGUGGUGUGGUUAAGAGACAGAUCUGAAAAGAGCAAAGAGCAGAGAAUGAAAACUGAAGCAGAAGAGAAGAGGCAGACUAAAUCUUCUGCUUUUCAAACCAGUGACUACCAUAUAACUGCAGUGCCAGAAAAGAAAGAUGAAAGAACCAAAAGAAGUCAAUAUUUUGCUUACUGGAAAAGUCUCAGUUUUAAAAGAAAAUGCAAAGCCCACUGCUAAAACCAUAAAGCAGAGAAAGUAUUUAAAUGCUUGGAAUGUGGGAAGAGCUUCAGUCACAAGACAUCUGUCACUAAUCAAAGAAUUCACACUGAGAAACCAUUUAAAUGCUUGGAAUGUGGAAAAAGCUUUUGGUGGAAGCAAGUCCUCACUUCCCAUCAAAGAAUUCACACUGGGGAGAAACCAUAUAAAUGCCUGGAGUGUGGAAAGAGGUUCAAUAAAAAAUCCUCUCUCACUUUGCAUCAAAGAAUUCACACUGGGGAAAAAACCAUAUAAAUGCCUGGAAUGUGGAAAGAGCUUCUUUAGAAAUUCCUCUCUCACUUUGCAUCAAAGCAUUCACACUGGGGAAA